UCUCUCACUCACUCUAAUAAAACUGAGAUCACAGAGUUAAAUCAUCAGAAGGACAGCAGAAUGAAGCUCAUCACUCGACUUCUCCUCACAGCUCUGCUCCUGAAGACUGCCUGUCUGGAGAACCCACCAAAUCGAGAGUCGCCUCCUCAGACAGAAUCUCGUUUAAACAUUGAACAAAACCCCCAGACACCAAAGAAACCAACUUCAGAAACAGUGCGACAGCCAAACCCAUCACAUGUCCCACAACCAGCAACAACAGAACCCAAGAAUGACACCAAACCGUCAAACGUCAAGCCUACACCAAAAUUAAACACAACCGACACAGAGCCCAAACCUGUGGACGGAUUCCUGGGCCCGGCUCAGUGUCUGAAGAAGAAUUACACUCGCUUGUCAUGUGCUAAAGUCUUCUGUCCUCCGUGGAUGAGAUGUGUGUCGGGCGAGUGCAUGUGUAAGAUUCCGUACAAGUGUCCCAGGCUGCAGACCAACGUGUGUGGACUGGACGGCUCAUCUUAUACCUCCAUGUGUCAGGCUCAAGCCAUCUCCUGUCGAUCUAAAGAAGCCAUAUUCUCUCACUUCAGUCCUCUCUGUCAGGAGAAGGAUCAGAUCAGAGUACAACUGAAGGUCUCUGAACGUCAUAAGGUGGUGGAGAUAAACACUGAGAAGGGAAAGAUGUUGGUUUGUGGGGGACUCUGGGAUAUGUCGGCAGCAAACAUCGUCUGUCGAAACUCAAACCCCAAAGGAGCAGAGAUAGGAACUAAAGUGAGAUACGACUCUCUGGUGAAAACCAUAAGAUGGCCGUCUCAGUGUGUGAACGUUCAGUGCACUGGAUCUGAGCUUUCAUUGGCUGAAUGUUCCAUCCAUAAACCCAAACUACUGAAUGACACUUCAGAGGUGGCCGUAGCAAACUGUUAUAAAGAACCUGCAGGUGAAUGUAAGAUGUUCCUGUGUGUGAAUGGAAAGUGUAUCAAUCAUAGCAGAACCUGUAACGGUGUGGACGACUGCGGUGAUAACAGCGAUGAGAUGUGCUGUCAACGUUGUCGAGGGGAUGCGUUUCGCUGUAGUUCAGGUGUGUGUAUUCCUCGGCAUGCGGUGAGAGAUCAAAUCAGAGAUUGUCUGGGAGGAGAUGAUGAAUCAGAGGAAAUGUCGCUGCAGAAAAAACGACCGACAACAGACGACCUGCUUUCUGAUCCAAAGUCAGAGAUCAGAAGCAUCCGGACGGCGGCAGAGGGUGAGCUGCAGUGUGGUAUUCCUAACAUGGAUUAUGUGGACCGAACAGAAGACACCCCACCUCACCAAAGGAAGAAGCGUUUAGUGGGAGGACAAGAGACCUUACCGACUCAGAUCCAGUGGCAGGUGGCCGUACAGGACGAGGGGAACAUCCACUGUGGAGGGGUUUAUUUGGGUAGAUGUUGGGUUUUGACCGCCGCCCACUGCGUCAGGCCCAAACCAAAAUCCUUCCGGAUCAAAAUCUCUCUGUGGCAGAAACAUCGCAGGCUUUCCACGACAGACAGUAUCCCAGUGAAAAAGAUCAUCAUUCAUCAUCAGUAUAAUGCUGGGACGUAUGAGAACGACAUCGCUCUGAUGCAGCUGGAGCAGUUCAAAAAUGAGGAGAAAUGUAUGCAUGAUAAUCCUGCCGUCCGCGCCGUCUGCGUGCCCUGGUCAACAGAACUCUUCCAACCCAAUGACACCUGCACCAUCUCCGGCUGGGGAAGAAACAGAGAGGGUGUGUCAGCGUCGGUUCUUAAAUGGGCAAACGUGAGCAUCAUUAGUGACUGUGAGAAGUAUUACAAAAACCGCUUUCUCCCUGGGAUGGAGUGUGCAGGUGAUCUGGAGGGGAAAGUGGACUCGUGUCAGGGUGACUCCGGUGGGCCGCUGGUGUGUAAAGACGCGUCUGGUGUGUCAUAUGUCUGGGGUAUCGUGAGCUGGGGUGAUAAAUGCGGUGAAGCCAAUCAUCCCGGUGUUUACACUAAAGUGGCUCAUUAUUUCGAAUGGAUCCGCUUCCAAACGGGCUGGCCGGCGGUAACCAAAUAUAACCAGUAAACGUCACAAUAUCACUGCACAUUAGAUGAGUGUUUAUAAACCCCAAUAAAACAAUACAAAUCA